UUGUUGAGUAGCUAAAUGUGUGUCCUUUGUUGUUGCAGAAGCAGCAGAUGGCCCAGUGUACUGCUGUUGGUGGGACUGUGUGCAGUGCCAUGUCUCCCCCAGAACCCGCCAGUGGAACCGGAGACCCAGCAGGACCGCUGGCCCUCCCGCCAAGGUGGUGGUGGUGGUCUCCCUUGGGACACCAACUAUGGCAACUGGGACAACAAUAUCAUCAUACAGGAGGCAACAUACUUCAUCGUGGCGAGUCGCAUGGUGCGACCUGGUCAGAUAUAUAAAGUGGCCUGCAGUGUACUGAAGAGCAAACACCAGCUGACUGUGAGAGCCGCCAUUCAGCGGAAUGGUGUGGAGCUGGGGGCGGACAGUCAGCUGGUCAAGGAGGGCAUCCCGGAGACACUCAUACUCAGGGUGCCUUCGACCAGUGUUGCUGGCAACUACAAGCUGCGAGUGGAGGGACUGUACGACAGCUUGUUUGGGGGCUCUGCCUUUGUCAACGAAACUAAACUGACCUUCUCACAAAGAUCCAUGACAAUUUUCAUCCAGACCGACAAGCCUGUGUACAUGCAGGGCCAAACUGUACGAUUCCGGGCAAUUCCAAUCAACACAGAACUGAAGGCUUUCCAGGGACCAGUAGAUGUGUACAUGUUGGAUCCUAACAGACACAUCAUGAGGCGAUGGUUGUCUAGACAGUCUAACGUUGGUUCUGUGAGCCUGGACUAUCAUCUGUCAGACCAACCUGUGUUCGGCAACUGGACCAUUCAAGUUGUCGCUCAAAACCAACAUGAGGAGUUUAGUUUCCUUGUAGAAGAGUAUUACCAAACCAGAUUUGAGGUAAAUGUAACAAUGCCAGCCUUCUUCUUCCUGACCGAUCGAUACCUGACUGGAACGGUAAUGGCGAACUACACAAGCGGCGCACCGGUACAGGGCAACCUCACACUUAAGGCUACUAUACGCCCAGUCAAGAAUGGCUACCGCAAUGUGGAGGCUCCCAGAGAGGAUGUGGUUCGUUACUUCAACUUUGACGAAUCAUUCCCAUUCUGGUUUCCUGCCCCAACUUACAGCAGCAGAACUGUCCCACAUUUGAAAUACUUCUAUGGAGUGUACAACUUCCACUACCCGCUAAGUGAACUGGAGCAGUAUGUGCCGAGCCUGGAUGGUAUGGAGAUCCUAGUCACAGCCACCGUUGGUGAUCGAUUCCUGGAUGAGGUAAUCGAGGGUUACUCCUCUGCUCGGGUGUUCAACAACACCAUCAAGCUUCAGUUCAUGGGCGGCACCCCACAGGUCUUCAAGCCGGCCAUGCCCUUCAACUGCUAUAUAAGUGUGUCAUACCAAGAUGGCUCGCCACUGGAGGACAAGAAGUUGGAGUUCAGCCGUAUGGAAGUGACAGCAGAUGUGGGCAUGAGGACUGGCGGCCGACGCAACAUCGAGCCUCAAGUAUUGAAGAUGUCAGCUGAGCACGACGGUGUUUGGGAGUUGAAGGUGGAUCUUCGCUCACAGCUCGGUCUGGAGGAAAACAAGCGAGCCAUAGAUAUGCUGAAGGACAUAGAGUCGAUGAGGAUCACUGCCAGUUUCAAGGACCCCACAGGGGACAGGUCACAGACAGAGCUGCUGCUGUUGUCUCACUACUCCCCCAACAGCCACCACAUCAAGGUGCACACUUCCACCAAGAAUGCCAAGGUGGGUGAAUACGUGAUACUCCACGUGCAGAGCAACUUCUUCAUGGAGACUUUCAACUACAUUGUGAUGUCUAAAGGCAUCAUUCUGCUGGCUGGACAGGAGACAAUGCAGAACACGAUCCGCACAUUCGCCAUCACUCUCAGUGCUGAGAUGGCCCCAGUCGCUACAGUGCUCGUCUACAACAUAGACCGCCGCAGCGAGGUCGUAGCGGACAGUCUCACCUUCCCUGUCAACGGCAUUUCCCGUAACAAUUUCACCGUGUUCAUCAACAACCGCAAAGCCAGGACAGGAGAGAAAGUGGAGGUGGCUAUCUACGGAGAGGCUGGUGUGUACGUGGGCCUCAGUGGCAUUGACCGAUCGUUUUAUAGCAUGCAAGCUGGAAACGAACUCACUUACGCAAGGGUCCUGAACAGGAUGGCUCGGUUUGAUGAGGAGACGAAUGGCACCUUCACGCAGAUGUGGUUUUCCCGUGAGGGUAUGGCCGACGAUAUUGUAUACUUUCCGUCCUCCACGUAUGGGAUUGACGCCAAUAGAACAUUUGAGUACUCUGGUCUUGUGGUGUUCUCAGACAUCGAGGUGUCUCACCGCAUGAAUCUCUGCAAUGCCACUCAAGGAUUUGCAGAGUGUCUCAAUGGUCGCUGCUACAAAGCCACACAGAAAUGUGACGGCAAACUGGAUUGUGAAGAUGGCACAGAUGAGUCGAACUGUCCAGGAUUCAACCACACAGAGCUUCAGAUUUUUCGCAAAUUCCGUUUCAAUCACAUCCAGCGCCAGUAUGAGAAUGUCUGGCUGUGGAAGGACAUCAACAUUGGACCUCACGGAAGGUACAUCUUCGAGAUGCCGGUACCGGAGAGGCCUGCUCACUGGAUCGUGUCGGCCUUCAGUAUGAGUCCGCAGCUCGGAUUCGGCAUGCUCAAGAAACCACUCAAUUAUGUGGGAGUGCUCCCAUUCUUCAUCAACGUGGAGAUGCCUACAGUGAGUCACCAGGGUGAGCAGGUCGGUGUGAGGGUCACCGUCUUCAACUACAUGACCAACGAUAUCGAAGCUGUGGUCGUACUGGCCGGCUCAGACAGCUACAAGUUUGUUCACGUCGAGAUGAAUGGAAUUGUGAGAUCGUACAAUCCUCGCACAUCCUUCGGAGAACAUCAGUUCUUCAUCUACAUCAAGGCUCAGGACGCGGCAGUGGUGUAUGUACCCAUAGUGCCCAUCAGGCUUGGAGACAUUCCUGUCACUAUCAUGGCGUCCACACUCAUUGGCAAAGACGUUGUCACAAGGAACCUUCAUGUACUUGCUGACGGUCUGCCUCAGUACCGACACCAGUCCAUCCUGCUGGACCUGAGUAGCCGAGCCUACGUGUUCCAGUACAUGCAUGUCAACAUCACAGAAACACCCAUCAUUCCAUAUGACGAGAACCGCUACUAUGUCUUCGGCUCCAACAAGGCAUACAUCUCCAUUGUGGGUGAUGUCGUCGGACCCAUCUUCCCUACCAUGCCUGUCAACUCCACCACACUUAUAGAUCUACCAAUGGACUGUGCGGAACAAACUGUGUUCAGCUUCGCAGCCAAUCUCUACACCACAUUAUACAUGCGUCUGACCAGCCAGAGAAACCGCACAAUGGAGAAACAAGCCUUCUACCACAUGAACAUCUUGUACCAAAGAGCUCUCUCCUUCUUAGCUCCUGAUGGCUCAUUCAGGCUUUUCCGAAAUGACUGGAACACAUCAUCAUCCAGUGUGUGGCUGACCAGCUACCUCAUCAGAGUUUUCCAAGAGGCCAGCUUCUACGAGUGGGAGAAUUACAUAUACAUUGACCCCCAGGUUAUAGGAGAAGCAGUGUGGUGGGUGUUGCAACACCAGACCCAGGAAGGUGCAUUUUAUGAGGUGACCUGGCUUCCAGACCGUAAGAUGAAUAGUUCACUCAACUGGUCCGAGAACUACACCGAUUCCGAUUACCACCACAUCCGCUUCCGUAACAUCUCUCUCACUGCACACGUCCUCAUCAUGUUAUCGGAAGUCAAGGAUCUGCCAGGGGGCUUGGGAUCGCAUGUGUCUUUAGCUCAGAGUCGAGCUUUACACUGGUUGGAGCGCAAUAUGAAACUCCUGGAGGACCAUGGAGAACCUUAUGAAGUGGCCAUUGUAGCAUAUGCUCUCAUGGUCAACAAGGCUUCAUCGGCCGAGCGAGCAUACGGUCUGCUCAUUAAACAUGCUCGGAUAGAAGGUGGGCUAAUGUAUUGGGGCAAGGAGUCUGUGCCAUUACCACCAGUAAAACGUGAAAAUCAGAAGCCGUUCUCAUUGCCAAGGCUGCCAUAUAAAUACGAUUCAAAUAACAUUGAAACGACUGCCUAUGCACUGCUGGUCUACGUGUCUCGUCAGGAGCUAAUGAUAGAUGCCAUUGUCAAAUGGUUAAAUGCACAGCGUCUCACAGACGGCGGUUGGGCUUCCACUCAGGAUACAGCCUGGGCGAUGAAGGCCCUGAUCGAGUACACCAACAGAGCCCGACUGAGGGAUGUCCUGUCUCUUACCGUUACCGUCGAGGCUACUGCACUGCCAGGCAAAACGAUGACACUCCAUGUCGACAAGUCCAACAUUGCUCACCUCCAGAGGAUUGAGAUUCCACAAGCCUGGGGCACAGUGAAGGUUCAAGCCAAGGGAGCUGGCUAUGGUAUCCUACAGAUGUCGGUCCAGUACAAUGUGGACAUACCCAUGUUCCAGACUCAACCCCCAGUCAAGGCUUUCUCCUUGGUUACUCAAGCUGUAUUCCAAGGCAGGAAUCAGUCCCAUAUCUCCUAUCACAGCUGUCAGAGAUGGACGAACCUGAAUGAGUCUGUAAGAUCCGGAAUGGCAGUCCUGGACAUCACUAUUCCAACAGGAUACAUCAUCCAGCAGCAGAAGCUGGACGCAUAUAUCCUGUCUCAGAGCGUGAGGAACCUCCAGCGAGCCAGGUUCCAGGAGCGCAAAGUCCUCUUCUACUUCGACUUUUUGGAUGAGACGGACACAUGUGUUAACUUUACAAUCGAGAGAUGGUAUCCUGUGGCUAAUAUGUCUAGAUACUUACCUGUCAGAGUCUACGAUUAUUAUGCACCAGAACGAUUCAAUGAAAGCAUCUUCGACGCGUCGUCUACAUACGUGCUGAACAUCUGCGAGGUCUGCGGCAGUAGCCAGUGCCCUUACUGUCCGAUAUACAAUGUGGCCACACUGCUCCAUGUCUCAUACGCCGUCUGGGUGGUCACAGUGGCACUGGCUGUCCUCUGGCCAUGGCACCACCAUUUGUGACCAAACUACGCCACAUAAACCACUUGUGUUCACGACACUCAACACUGUUCCGAUAUGAUGCCAAGGUGCUCACAACCCAUGCUCACUCUCUCCUCCAGUGAGCUUACCACUUUGUACAGAUCUGACCACCAAUCCGAUAUUUUUAAAUUGUACAGAAUGAGUUUGUGUGUCUGUGUAACUUUUAUUUCUUACAGGGUUGUGACGUUUAAUUUCCAUUUGCUUCACAUUUUAAACAAGCUUGAUUAAAUACAAGUUAUGUAACAGUUGACCAGGUUAAUUCUGUAAUAGUAAUAGUUUAGUUUAAAUUGAUCAUUAUUAAAGAGUAUAAAAAUUCACUUUAACUAGUGCAUUGAUUUUUAGUUGUGUCUAAAUGACAUUUCUAAUUUUUUAGUACAUAAUGCAAAAUAAAAAUAUUAAACUGUAAUUACAAUCUACUAAUAUAUGUCUAUGGUUUUUACUAAGGAUGUGCGAGUGUUAGAAGAUCUGAGUUAUUUUUCAUUUGAUCUUUCCAACUAUUAAGAUAUACUUUAAAAGUGUUUAAGCUUCGAAAAACAUGAACUGCCAACACUUAUUUUACAACACAUAUUGCCAGAUAUAAUGUAGAAUGAGAAAUCUGUAAUUUUAUUUUAUUAAUCAAACAAUCUCCAUUCAUGUAAUAUAGAAUUCUGAGCUUUCCUUUGUGUGAAAAAAUUAAGUUUGGUUAGCAGAAGCUCGUAGAAGCUUUAUGAUUGUGUCUGCUCCAGCUUGAAUAAAGCAUUAACUAAUUAUAAUAUAUGUAAAUGUGGCUCAAAACAUUUCAAUUAACAGGUACUUGAAAAAUUUGACCUUAUCUUAAACUGAAUAAGUUAAACUCACACAUCCCUAUAUUCUGUUUACUUUUAUACUAUAUUUCUGUUGAACAUUUUAAAAUUUAUGAACCGUAGUUGAAUCUACUUGUAAACAUAAAUUAAUUUUCUCAAUAGAAUAAUGUUUUUUACUCACUUUGAAUAAUUUUUAUAAAGAAACAUUUGCUUGUCAUCAAGGCAUCCUUUCUCAAAAUAUACUUAGAUGAUUUAGAUUUUUAUAUUAUUCAUAGUAUUACUAAUAAUGCAAGUAUUAUUUUAUAUCUUAGUGCAACUCAUUCAUACAGUUUGUAUUAUAAGUUUUGAUAAAUAAAAACAGUGUAAUUAAGUGUAAGAUAUAUCCAUUUGGAAACGUACAAAGAUUUCCAAAGCACAUGUAUAGGCUGUUUGAAUCUAAUAUAAGUAAAUAUUUUUAAAUGUUACAGCUAGAUUAGAAUCAUGUAUAGACUUGGGUCUUGUUGUACAGAGAGUUUAUAGGCAGGGCCUGAAAAGUUAAACAUUCAGCUUUGUUUUUCACUUUAUUUUAAUAAUAGCAAUAUCAUAAGUAUGUUAAAAAUAAGUUAAUUAAUUUAAUUUUAAUUUCUAAACUAAUGGUAGUUUUGCAUUGAUUUGUUUUUUACACCUCUAUUUUUGGUGGAUAGAUUAAUUUGAGAAUAGUUUGCUGCAUCUAAGUAUCUGCAUACUUAAGUAACAUUACAAUACUUAUAUUUUUACUUAUACCUAACCAUGAUUGUCAAGCUACUUAAUAGAUAUUUAAAGCAUUUCUAUUCCAUUUCAUAAAGCUAAAAACUUAAUUUAUUUGAAGUCCAAUACUAAAACAUCAACCUAAUUCAGGGUGGAGUGUUCCAGAUCUCAUGUAGUAGUAAUUUUCCUCUAAUUCUCUCAUCUUUGAUGUUAAAAUAUAGCAGAUAAAAGUCAUUUUCAGACUGUCAUGUUCAGAAAUUGUUAUAUUUCUAGUUAAAUUUCAAAACAGUGGAAUUUAAAAUUUGCUCAUCAUUAUGAGCCCUAUAUUUAGGGCUCUCUUUGUUCGGUUCAAGUGAUGUGGUGUCAUCCCCCCAAAAUUGUAGCACAAAUAUAAUUACACUUCUUAAAAGUAAAACAAAUUUUAUAUUAGUGUAACUAUGAAAGCUAUCUUACAUAUCUCAUUUAUUUUUAUGGUUCUAUGGUCCUAUUAUAAGAUCCUGCUCCUGCCUACAGUUGGUCAGCUCACGUGGACACAGGAUAAUAGACUUUUAUCACUGGAAUAAAAAUAUCAUUUGUACUUCAGUACCAAUUUGCCAUAACAUUUUAUAUACACUAACGCUUUAUUUGUAAACAUAGUUUGUGGAUUUAAAAAAAAAUUGUAUUCAGUUAAUAAACAAUACAUAAUUCCUUUAUUCAAAUUUUAUCAGUACACAAUAAACAACAAAUUACAAUACUGUAAAUUAUUAAGUCAUCAGAUUUAUCCAAUGGUCUUGUGAAUGUAGUCCAUUAGAUAAGUCGUUGGUUCCAGCAACGAUUGAUAAAUUCAUCCAAGCUGUAGAUCGGUUCUUCAAUCAGCUAGUUACACAGUCUUCUUUUCAGGGUCAAAUUCUCUCCUCUCUUCAUUUCAGCAGGCAGCAUAUUAAACAACUUAGCUUCCGCAUAAGACAGCUUCUUCGCGUAAAUUUCCAUCCUGUGUAUUGGCAGGUUGUAGUCUUGGGUGUUUCUGGUAUGAUGUUCAUGGAAUCCCCGAGUCUGCUCUAGUUCCGAAGUGAAGUAUGAAGAAUGAGUUCGUGAAUGUUGAUCCCUAUUGUUGUAAGGAUCUUGAGGUCCUUAAACACUUGUCUGAUUUUUUCAUCCUGCACCACCCCAUCAUAGGUCUUAAGUGCACGUUUUUGUAGGACGAGAACUCUUUGAAUGUUAUAACUUGUAGAACCAACCCAUAGUACUACACCAUGUCUGAGGUCUAGUGGUCCGUUUUAGCAUGAAAAUUGCAGCGCUGAGUUUUUGGCACAGCGAGUCAACAUGAGAAUUCCAUGAGAGGCCAACAUGGGUCAUCCAGAAUUAUUCCAAGGUACUUUGUUGAUUCUGUCAUGAGUAUGUUAGGCGGCUCCGAUACUAGAUCUUUAGUCAUCCUAAGUUCUUUUGCUUUGUUUUGUCUUCAUUAAAGACUAGAUCAUUUGUUUCACAGUAUUCCUGUGUCAUGCUAACAGAAAUAAAAGCAGCUAAACAACAAAAAGAGAACAGAUUACAGCAUGUAAUUCACACACUGGUCUCCUCCACUUAUCCGUGUGGCAGCCUCAUAUUAAUCAUAGAAUGGUAAAAUUCAGCUCUUCUAUGAUUGGUCGUCAUUGACAAUGACCACUAAAAUUUAAAGUUGCUAUUUUAACUUCAAACCUCAGUCUGGUUGUGAGCUGAGUAAUUCUUCUCCGGUGGAUUUCAUCAAAUCAUUUCUUAACUCCAUGCUUGUUACUUGGAUUUUAUGUGCAUACAUUGUUUUGACUGAGCAAAUAUGAGCGCACUGGAUUUCACCCAUGAAUUUAAGUUCUCGCACAUUCUCAUAAUUGAGUUUAUGUAAGAAAAAAAGUUGUGAAAGCAGUGAUCAGAUAUGUGUGCAGAUUGUAAUAGAACUGUCAGAAUUGUGUUUAUCCUGAACACGAAACAUUGCUAACAUAGAAUAAUUACACAUUUAUCGGCCCAUCCCUUCUGAGCUUUGUUUAUAAACAAAUUCAUCUUUUAUAUUAAUUCCAUCAUGUUUACAGAAAAAAGUUGCUAUAGUUGAGAAAGUGAGAGCUGAUGGCCACAUAGUCGAAGGCAUUGGAUUUUGGAUCUCAGAAGUAGUGGUUUAAAUCUUAUCUAUGCCGAUAGCACUUUUUAUCAGUAAUGUUGACCUUGUACUAUGUAAUGUUGGAUCCUAGCACAGGCCAGUGGCCCUUGAGUAUUGGCAGAAUACGGCUAAAAAAGAGAUUGACCUUUCUUUAAAAACCUAAUUUAUAAUUUGAUGUGUUUCGAGUUCCGAUCAUCUCAGACAAAAAAGUCAUCAAAGAUUUUAAAUUAUCUGCUUUGAUCUGUAUAGGACCAAAUAAGGUAAGAAUUGAAUUUUACUACUAUUUCCUUGAAACAUUUUUUAAAUUGAUUGUUUAUUUUGUAUGUGCCACUGAAAGGAAAAGAAAAUUUGAUGUAAAAUGGUCUGGUUUGAAGGCAAUAUGUAGUUAUCUAAAUACUUAUACAUAAUAUUAUAAACAAGUGAUUGUCUACAUCAUAUGUCUCAAGACUAAAUUUUUUCUAGACUAUUGUAUCAAAUUUUAAAACUUUUCACAUUGGUAACAAUAAUCUAACUCCUCAAAAUUGUCUGUUCUCAAGUCAUUACAGUAUUUCCGUUUUUUAUGUUUGUUUUAAUUGUUCAUUGUCAUAAACACAGUACAUAAUUAAUUAUUCAUACUUGAAACAUUACCAAAUUUUGUACUUUUAUAUGUUGCAAUACCUGAUUUCACUUAGUGUAAGUUUUUAUACCUUAUAUAAGUUUUAUAUUUCUGAUAUUAUUAUAAGUUAACUAUUUUUUGGAAUUGAUAUUUGUUUAAUAUUUGGGGUGUUUAUGAUCUUUUUACUUUGUUUUUUCCUCAUCAAGAUAACCAAGCAAUAAAAGUCAGGGACCAAAAAUGCGAUGAUUUUUAUUGUAAUGUUUUAAAUUUUAGUUUUACUAAAUAUUCCUUGUUCAAAUAUAUGAAUUUUCUGUUAUUUUGUUAUUGUUAUAAUUUAAAUACUUAUUUUAUAAUCAUUAUAGAAUAAGUUUGAAAAAUCCAUCUCAUUGUUUAACACAGUAAUAAAGUAAUAUAUUUUUAUUGUUUCUGAUAACAGUUUACAAAUAUUUCCUUAAAUACUAUUACUGUGUUUUUCUACUUAGCAGUUGUGGUGUAUGAUUUAAUGAAAAUAAUACCAAAUCAUAAUUGGUGACAUUUAUUUGUAAUGGAAACAGUUUUAUAAUGUUUCAUAUUUGAACUUAAUCGUAGUAACCAUUUCCCUACCAUGAUUUCGGACAAAGCUCUUAAAAAAUUUCUUGUUCAAACAGAUUUACACAAUUUGCUUGUUUUGAGAUAUGGUACGAAAACAUUAUUACAAAACUACAUAGCACAAUGGUUGAAUCUUCACUUGUCUUCUUAAUCAAAUCUAUAGAAAGAAUCAGCAUUGUUUAUUGGUCAUGUUGCCUAUUUUUAAUAAAGGGAAAAGGGGAUUGUUUUGUAAUUUUAAUACUCAUGUUGGUAAAUUUACAACAUUGUUUAAAUAAGUAUAAUUUUAUCUUUGUUCAAACUAUAAAAAGCUUUGAUACUUAACUACCAAAUCAUCUCUCAUAGUCAUGUAUUUCCGUCCAAGUGAUUACAUGUUAUUAACUUUUAUAUUUUAUUUAUUUAUUUUGUUUUUAUACAAUAAAUAAUUUUUAAAUUAUAUAUUUAAAUAAGGUUUAGUUGUAUCGAGAACAAAUAGUUUAAAUUGCCUUAUUGUUGUAUGAUAGUGUGUGUGUGUGUGUAAUGUAUGUGUGUAGAGUGUUGUUCCAUAGAUUUACAGAUGUGUUGUAACUUUUUAGAUUAUUUUUUUAGUGAAUGGUGUUUUAGAAAACUGCUUUUAACAUUGCACAACUUGCUUAGUCAAUUAAACACAUGUUGUGUACAAUGAUAUGUUUGUAAAUACCAUUGAGUAAGUAUGUACACAACUGUACCGUACUUGUGCAACAUUGUAUAGAUCUGAUUGUAAGAGUUAGAAUUAUUUAGGUCAUUUUGUAUUACAUUCUUAACUGAUCAAGUGUUGACAGGUUUUUAAAUAAAAUUUUAUUUGUGAA